UCAUCUAUAUGUAAAUCAACAUCCACCAUUUGCAUAGAAGAAUUUUUGGGAAAGAAAAUUUGAAAAUGAAUGACACUGAUGUAUCAAAGCAAAUACAGCAAAUGGUCAGAUUCAUUCGGCAGGAAGCCGAAGAGAAGGCCAAUGAGAUCUCUGUCUCCGCUGAGGAGGAAUUCCAAAUUGAGAAAUUACAAUUAGUUGAAGCUGAGAAGAAAAAGGUGAGACAGGAGUAUGAGAGGAAAACCAAGCAGGUGGAAGUCCGUAAGAAAAUUGAGUAUUCUAUGCAACUAAAUGCAUCCCGCAUCAAAGUUCUCCAAGCACAAGAUGAUGUGGUGAGUGGAAUGAAGGAGUCUGCUAGAAAGGCACUUCUAAAGAUUUCUGGUGAGAAAAAUAAUUACAAAAAGCUUCUCAAAGGAUUGAUUGUUCAGAGUCUGCUGCGACUGAAGGAGCCAUCGGUGUUGUUAAGGUGUAGGGAGAUGGAUGUUUCAUUAGUUAAAUCAGUUGUAGAGGACGCAAAAAAAGAUUAUGUAGAGAAAGCCAAAGUGCGUACCCCUAACAUCACUAUUGAUAAUGUCUAUCUGCCUCCACCUCCAACUGAUGCUGAUCCUCAUCGUUCCUCUUGCUCUGGAGGAGUAGUUCUGGCUUCUGAUGAUGGGAAGAUUGUAUGUGAGAACACUCUGGAUGCUCGACUGGAUGUUGUUUUCAGGCAGAAACUCCCCGAGAUACGUCAACAACUUUUCAGUAAGAUGGGUGCAUGAGGAUGAAUUUCAAUAACUUGACUUGUACGGUGGAUGAAUUUAAUUCACUCAUCUUUCCAUCUUUAUUGUUACAUUAAUUUCUUCACAGAGAGGUGCUAGCUUGUUCACGAUAUUAAUUGUUAGAUCUGAAAAUCAUUUAAUAAAGAUCAUUUUGUUUUUACUUUAGAAACAAA